AUGCGCGCGCGGCGCCCCCUCUGCCUCUGGGUCCUGCUGCUGCCGCUCGCGGGCGCGCUGGGGCGCGGCGACCCGGCCGGGCCCGGGGAGGCGGCCGAGGGGCCCCGGGGGGCGGCCGAGGGGCCGGGCUCGGGGCGGGCCUGGCCGCCCUUCCAGGACCUGCGGGAGCCGCUGCGGACGGCCGGCGCCCUCUUCCUGCGGUACUGGGCGCUCUUCCGCUGCCGGGUGUGGCCCGAGACCUGCUCGCUGGACGAGGAGGCCCCCGCCGGGCCCCUGGCCUGGAGCCUUCCCCUGCUGGGCCGCCAGUAUCUGGAUAUCCUGACCACGUGGUUCUGCAGGUUCCAGGAGUGCAGUGACCACGGGGACUGCAGGGUCUCCAACAACUUCACAGGCCUGCGGUCAGACCUGAGCGUGCGACUGCAUGGCCAGCACCUGGCCCGGGAGCUGGUCCUGACCACAGUGAGGGGCUACUUAGAGCUGCCCCAGCCCAACAAGGCCCUGGCUCUGUCCUUCCACGGCUGGUCCGGCACAGGCAAGAACUUUGUGGCCAGGCUGCUGGCAGAGAACCUGUACCGCGACGGGCUGAAGAGCGACUGUGUCAAGGUGUUCAUCACCCUGUUCCACUUUCCUCACCCCAAGUACGUGGACCUGUACAAGGAGCAGCUGGCCGACCAGGUGAGGGCGACGCAGGAGCAAUGCCGCCAGGCCCUGUUCAUCUUCGAUGAGGCCGAGAAGCUGCACCCUGGCCUGCUGGAGGCCCUGGGGCCGCACCUGGAACGCCAGGCCCCGCAGGACCACAGGGCUGCGCCCUCGAGGACCAUCUUUCUUUUUCUCAGUAACCUCGGAGGCAAUGCCAUCAACGAGGUGGUCCUGGGCCUGCUCCAGGCCGGGUGGUCCCGGGAAGAAAUCGCGAAGGAACACUUGGAGGCCCGCCUCCAGGCCGAGAUUGUGGCGUCCACAGACAGUGGCUUUGGCCACAGCCGCCUUGUGAAAGAAAAGCUGAUUGACUCCUUCGUCCCCUUCCUGCCGCUGGAGUCCCGCCACGUGAGGCUGUGCGCCCGCGACGCUUUCCUGAGCCAGGGGCUCCCGUACACGCAGGAGGCGCUGGACGAGAUCGCCAAGAUGAUGGUGUAUGUCCCCAAGGAGGAGCAACUCUUCUCUUCUCAGGGGUGCAAAUCUGUGUCCCAGAGGAUCAACUACUUCCUGCCUUGAGAGCAGGAUGCCACUGCCUGCCUCGCACCAGCAGGACCUGGGGUCGGCCGCGCUCGCUCCCUCUCACACCCUGUUUACCAGGAAGGCCUUAACUCAGAAGCCAGAGCCAAUUUAAAAUCACUUGGUGCCUUCGAAAGCCACACGGGAAAGAAACACAUCCCCCGACUGCUUGGCAUCUCAGCUCUUGCCUGGACUGGGGUGUGGGGCCUGAGGCUGCAGGGCCCCCGUGACGGGAAGGGGACAGGGAAGGGGACAGGAGUUCUGCUUACCGGCAGGCGGGUGGGCUGGCUUUCAGGUUGUCAUCCCCAGAGGGAAGCUGUGCAGCUAGUAUCUGUGAGCAGAUCGGGAAGAGCCUCGGGCUGAAAACAAGGUACACAGAAGAAUUAAACAUGUUUUUAAAGUUAGGGCCUGACAUCCCUGUGCCACAUGUAAAUAUUAAAGUUUUUAUUUUUCUAAACCCUUCAGCCUCCUUUCUUAAUGACCUAGUAAUCCUGUUCCCUCAGCAAAACUCCAAAUGCAGAUGAGGCUGCGGGGCUGGGCACGUGGGCACUGGGCAC